CAGGCCGUUCAGUACCUUGAAUCAAACGGCUGGGAUAUGCUGGCCGCCUGCAACUCCUACUUCCACGACGAGGAUGAGCGAAACGACGAACGACGCAGGCAACAGGCCGAGGAGGGCACGCUCGAGCAGUACAGCGGCCCACGCACCUUGGACGGUCGCCCUGCCCCUCAAGAAGACUUCUCCAGUGCGGCGUCUCGGAAAUCGAAGCAGCCAAAGAAGAAGGGAAUUGCCACGUUGGGAUCACUGGGAGGCUCAGCUGCUCACCACGACGACGAUGACGAGGACGACGACUACGAUGAUGACGAUGAAGACGAUGGACGGGGCAAUCUGUUUGCCGGCGGCGAAAAGUCUGGACUUGCGGUUCAGGAUCCCACAUCAGAAGGUGGCUCAAGGAAGAUCAUCAGUGACAUAUUGGCCAAGGCCAAGGCCAACUCACGUCAGUCAGAUGCCAACCCCGAAGCCGGCCCUUCUCGCCAGACUCAUUUCCGCGGUACCGGCGUAACACUUGGAGGAGAUGGCGUGGAGAGCCGAAGCAUCCCCGAUGCUCGCGGUGCUGAGCAGAGACCUGCGGGACCCCCAGUGGAACGAGUGCUUCACAUCUGGCACGAUGGAUUCAGCAUCGACGAUGGCGAGCUUCGUCGUUUUGAUGACCCUCAAAACGAGGCCGAUCUUCAGCUGAUCCGCUCUGGUCGGGCUCCUCUACAUCUGAUGAACGUCCAGCACGACCAGUCCGUCGAUGUCAAACUCCACCAACACGAUAGCCCAUACAAACAGCCGCCGAAGCAGUACAAGCCCUUUUCCAGUGCUGGCCAUCGCCUUGGCAGCCCAGUCCCUGGCGCCACAGCUGCGCCAUCCUCGACCCAAACCGCUGCUCCCUCUGGAGCUUCCUCGUCGUCUGCUGCUCCCGCGCCAACCAUUGACGAUUCACAACCGACAAUCAUGAUCAGAAUCCAGAUGCCCGACGGAUCUAGGCUGCCUGCCCGUUUCAACACCACGCAUACGGUGGGCGAUGUAUACGGCUUUGUUCAGGGCGCCUCAGUAGAGACUCGUGAUCGAGCCUGGGUCCUGGCUACAACUUUCCCCAACAAGGAGCACACAGAUAAGGCUCUUGUUUUGGGUGAGAUGGCCGAGUUCAAAAAGGGUGGAACGGCUGUUGUUAAGUGGGCAUAG